AUGAGUUCUGCUUCGCUGCCUCCCAACGAGGACUCCAAUGGCCACUAUUUCUGUCGAACGCAAAUCUGGACGAAGCCUUCGGCGCCGCCGCCGCAUACCACAGUUGACGGCCAGGCGGCCAUCAUCACCGGCAGCAACACAGGGAUUGGCCUGGAAGCGGCCAACGUUCUGCUCGGACUGAAACUCUCGCAUCUCAUCCUCGGCGUUCGCAGCGUGAGCAAAGGAAACACUGCCGCUGACGCGCUUCGCAAAGCAUAUCCUCAUGCCAAGAUAGAGGUGUGGCAGCUGGACAUGGCCUCGUACGAUUCAAUCCAGACGUUUGUUCGGCGAUGCCACUCCCUGGACAGACUCGAUAUAGCUAUCAUGAAUGCGGCCUUUUCCGUUCUCGAAUUUGGCACCAACACCACGACAGGCCAUGAGCAGAUGUUCCAGGUGAACUACCUAUCGACUGCUCUGCUUUCCAUCCUGCUCCUCCCCAUUCUGAAGAACAAAAGCCCUCCUCAGACUCCUGGCCGAUUGACCCUCGUAUCCUCUACCCUGGCACUGAGGGCGAACUUCCCGAACCACAGUGCCGUACCCUUGACCCCGUCUUUCGACGAUCCCCAGGUAUUCGUUGGUGCCGGAACGAACAAUGCAUAUUCUCUAUCCAAGACUCUGGUUCUGAUACUCAUGGUCAAGCUCUCCAGGCUCGUCAACGCCGAUGAUGUGGUUGUCAACGCAGUGGGCCCGGCACUCACGGGAGGCAGUUCACAACUGGACCGCCAUUACUCUCGACUCAUGAAGCUGGGUUUGGCAGCACUCAAGGCUGUGGCUGCCCAUUCGCCGCGGCAGGCUGCCUGGCUCUAUGUCGACGGAUCAGUCACCAAAGGCAAGGAAAGUCACGGGAGCUUCAUCAUAAAUAACGAAUACUACCCUUUCCAUGCCAUCAUGUACACAGCCGAAGGAAAGGUGGCCAUGGAUCGGCUCUGGAACGAGACACUGGAGGAGCUCGACUUUGCCCAUGUUAAAGACAUUCUCGCACAAAUGUGA